UACCCUGCCCAAGCUCCAAUCCAAACCCAACCAGUCUCGUCUCCAGAAUCUCUCCGAUACGCCACCGCCGCCGUGCCCUAGAGCUUGCCCCCUCCGGCCGUAGCUCAGCGUCGCCGCCGCCGACACCUCACGCCCCAAACCCCUUCUUCUCCCACGCGCUUCGCCGCCAUCGCCUCUCCCGUCCCUGCUGACUCUACCCCGCCCGCACAUCGGAACAUCGGUUCUUGAGAUCCGCCCUGGCCUCCUCGGCGGCCGAGAGGAGCCGCUCCGGGCUCGGCUCAGGUUUCCGGUACCUCACCGGAGCCGCCACCGGGUGGUGGGACCGGUGGAUGGUCAUGGGAGCCAGCGGCUCCAAGCUCGAGAAGGCACUCGGCGACCAGUUCCCGGAAGGCGAGCGCUACUUCGGACUCGAGAACUUCGGAAACACAUGCUACUGCAACAGUGUACUCCAGGCACUUUAUUUUUGCACUCCAUUCAGGGAACAAUUACUGGAGUAUUAUACGAACAAUAAAAAUCCUGGAGAUGCAGAGGAAAAUCUUUUGACUUGCUUGGCGGAUCUUUUCAUGCAGGUAAGCCAAUCCAAGAAAAAGACAGGUGUUAUUGCUCCAAAACGUUUUGUCCAAAGAGUGAAGAAACAGAACGAGUUGUUUCGAAGCUACAUGCACCAGGAUGCACAUGAGUUCUUAAAUUUUCUGUUGAAUGAGCUUGUUGAUAUUCUGGAGAAAGAGUCUAGUGCUGCGAAGGAAUCACCCCAGUCCUCAUCUCCUGAAAAAGUUCCAAAUGGUGUAGUUCACCCUCUGGCCAAUGGAGUUAAGAAAGAGCCACCGGUUACCUUGGUCCAUAAGAAUUUUCAGGGCAUACUGACCAAUGAAACUAGAUGCUUGAGAUGUGAGACAGUAACUGCGAGGGACGAAACAUUUUUUGAUCUGAGUGUUGACAUUGAGCAGAAUAGUUCCAUUACAAGCUGCCUGAAAAAUUUCAGCUCCACAGAGACUUUAAAUGCUGAGGACAAAUUCUUCUGUGACAAAUGCUGCAGUUUGCAAGAAGCACAGAAGAGAAUGAAGAUCAAGAAGGCUCCCCAAAUAUUGGUGAUCCACCUAAAGCGCUUUAAGUAUAUUGAGCAGCUUGGCCGGUAUAAGAAGCUUUCAUAUCGGGUUGUAUUCCCCAUGGAGCUGAAGAUAGGUAGUACAUCUGAUGAUGUAGAUACUGAGUACUCUCUCUUUGCUGUCGUUGUCCAUGUUGGGAGCGGUCCCAACCAUGGCCAUUACGUCAGCCUUGUUAAAAGCCACAACCACUGGUUGUUCUUCGAUGAUGAAAACGUGGAGAUGGUUGAAGAGUCGACCCUGCAAACAUUCUUCGGUUCCUCGCACGAGUACUCAGGCAACACAGAUCAUGGAUACAUCUUGUUUUACGAGGGCCUUGGUGGGAAGAGUUAGGUUGAUUUUCUUCGCCUUCCCUCUUCCUCUUCCUUUUCUUUGGAGCAUGCGAGUUCAACUGUUGUAUGUACACAGCUAUUUCAUUACCUCCAUGGAAAAUUGUUGAUCUCAGAGACUGAGUACGAACCUGAGGAUGCCAGAUUUUUGGUGGUUUUAGUGUACAGCGGAAAUUGGAACUUUGCUCCCAUCCUUGAAAUAAGGCGCAAGCCAUCGAGUAUGCCCCAACCAAAGAAUGUAACAUUGAUAAUUGGCUUCUGUAUAUUUGGUUCUAGCUUUGAAUUUUUGAUACA